AUGGGUCAAUCACAAUCCACCGGGGCGAAGACGCCCGAUGCCCAGGAGGCGCCGUCUGAGCAGAAAACAGACUAUUAUGAAUUGUUGGAGAUCACACGGAGUGCAAGUGACGAAGAGAUCAAGAAAGCAUACCGCCGAAAAGCCCUUGAACUACACCCGGAUCGGAACUUUGGUAAUGUUGAAGAGGCUACGCGGCUCUUCGCCGAGAUCCAAUCCGCAUACGAGGUCCUCGCCGACCCUCAAGAGCGUGCAUGGUACGACUCGCAUCGCGAGGCCUUCUUGGGCACAGGCAGCAGCGCUGGAGGAGAUCAAUCUUCGUCGAGCAUACCAGUGACAACCGCACAAGAUGUUCUCAAGAUGUUUUCGAGAUUUAACCCUCGGAUGGAAUUCUCCGAUUCGCCAACCGGGUUCUUCGGCGGCCUUCGGGAGCAAUUUGAUCAAUUAGCGCGAGAGGAGCAGCUGGCAUGCCAGUUGGAGGACCAGGUGAUGGUGGAUUACCCUUCUUUUGGGACUGGGGAUGACGAUUUCGAGACCGUAGUUCGCCCAUUCUAUGCUGCAUGGAGCGGGUUUUCUACCAAAAAAACAUUUUCAUGGAAGGAUGCUUAUCGCUAUUCUGAGGCUCCUGAUCGUCGAGUUCGCAGAUUGAUGGAAAAGGAGAACCGGCGCAUUCGCGAAGAUGGCAUUCGGGAAUUUAACGAUGCAGUUCGUUCCCUAGUGGCUUUCAUCAAAAAGCGAGACCCUCGAUACAAAGCCAAUGCUCAAAAUGAAGCCCAACGGCAGGAGACUCUGCGCCAAUCAGUUGCGGCCCAAGCAGCUCGAUCACGGGCCAAAAAUCAGGCCAGCAUGCGUGAGCAUGUUAUUCCAGAGUGGGCACGCUCGGGUGAGCCUGUCAUGGACGAAGAUGACGCCAGCUCUGAGAGUGAGAUUGAAAGCUUCGAAUGCGUGGCAUGCAACAAACAUUUUAAAAGUCUGAAGCAAUUUGAAGCUCAUGAACGGAGCAAAAAGCACUUGAAGGCAUUCAGGCAAUUGUGCCGGGAGAUGCAAGCUCAGAAUGAUGAACUCCAUCUUGAGUCAACAGCACAUGCCAACAGCUUUCCAGACCAAGGCCUGCCCACUGUCGAUACCUCUGAAUCCGAUCGCAGUGAUGACAAGACGCCUGGUCAAGGAUUACCAGAUCAGCGAUGCGAAGCCCAUAAUACAAAAUCGCCUACAAGUCUUUCGGGUGACUCAACCACGACUGCAUUGCCCAGCCCUGAUGGGGAUGACCAGUCAUCCCCCCGUUCAUAUCUAACGCGACGUUCACUUGACUCUGUUGGGGACGAGGAUUAUGCUUCACGAGAGACCAUCGAAACCAGGCUUCGUUCAGACUUUGGUAGCGAAUCAGGAGAUGAUGACAAUGUCACCUUCCUUGCUGAACGAAUAUCGUCUACUGGCUUGGGUGACGAAUCACCAGCCCUUCUAAGUAAUAAAGCUAAUAAUAUUGGCAAAGCCAAGCAGAGACGAGCGAAGAAAGCAGCUCGUGUCACCGAUCAACCGUCGGGGCUUGCAUGUACAGGCUGUCAUGCCAUUUUUGCCUCGAAAACAAAGCUGUUUUCCCAUCUGAAAGAAAAUCCAGACCACGCACACCUAGCGAGGACCACCACAAAGACCAAGAGCAAACGAAGAUAG